AUGCAUACGCUUUUGAAUCCUCUUUCACUGCCACAGAGAUUGCUAAGGAAAGCCCUUUAUCCGCCAACAUUGGGUCUCUUGCUUGCCGCACUGCUAGCGGUAUGGACAAUUGGCUGUUUGAUAGAGUCCAAAACUGCUGCCAUCGAGCUCACGACGACUAUUUCCAACACUACUAAUACAUGGAACGUGGACUCAAAAUCUCUGGAAUCGAUAGCUACCUCCUUCGUUACAGUACAGAAGGAUCAGAUCCACGAUCACAUGAUAGAAUAUGUAGCCGCCCAUGUCUACAGCGGCUGUCGUAGCGCAAUCACUUCUUGGAAUCAAUCACUGUCGACAUCUGUUCAUGCUCAGCAGAUUAUGUACGGUUAUAUGUUGGAUUUAAACAAGACUAUCACCAAUGUACUUUACGACAAAUCCAAACAGAUUAAUGAAUCGUUAAACGCCCUAAGGGUUUCGGAUGCAAGCCAAUUGAGUGUAAACUACUGGUUUGUUGAUUAUUUGUUCCAUAACGUCUCUACGAAUAAUACCAAACUGAACGAUUUAAAAUUGAAUUUUCCCGUAAUUUCCAAUUCUACCAAACUGAAUCUACCCAACAUCAGCGCUAAUUCAUUUCUAUCCAAGGUUAACAAGAUAUCAAAUCAGUCAUCUGAAAAAACUACAGCCACUGCAAAAGUACAAAAUCAUAGAUUUUCAACACAUUUGGCAUCACACUGUCGUGUAAUAACGGCAAUCAUGGUCACCACAUAUGUCGUGUGCACAAUAGGAAUGUGUCUCUAUGAAUGGUUAAAAUUCAAAUGGGAAACGCUGAUAUUUAAGAAACAUGUGGAUUUGCAUCUCCAUCCCCUGGAAAAACUGGAAGAAGAAGAAGGUCCCAUCAAGGCUCAGCAGAGAUCAUAUCAUUUUGCCCGCCAGCUCGUUUUCACCAUGAACAACGCACCGUUGUAUUGGAUAUCCAAUUGGAUAGGCGCUAGAAAAGUCAAAGAAGGUAAAAAGUGGGAUCUUCUUGUAAAUAUCCAAUGGUGGAUACUAUCAAACACUGGUUACUUUUUACUGCUAUUACUAACAGUAGUAAUCCAUUGGCAAAUUUGCGUUUCAAUGAUCCAUACAUCUUCUAACCAAUUGUCCACACUUGAAAAGUCACAGUCAAAACAGGCACAUAAUCUCACUAAUACUUCCACCAAUACUAACAAUGCGAAAUUCUACCUUCAAUUCACUCAAGAGUGCCAUAAUUUCGAGCUUCACCUCUUCCAAACUUUAAACAAUUCCAUAUACAAUCAACUCUGGUCCCAUAACGGUGUAAUAGCCACAACUCUUGAUAACGUCAAUGAUCAGAUGAGCAAUCUCGUUAAAGAAGUACAAGUUGCUUCACCACCUCAAUGGAACAAUUUAUCGCUCUCGAAUUUUGUAUACCCAUGGCUACCGUCCAGUAAUUCUGAUUAUAAUUCUACGAUUGAUUCACUAUCACUACAAUGCCUAAAGAGUGGGGCAGUCUCAAGACGUCAAACUACAAUAGUUUCAAUCGGCAGUAGUUUCCUCAACACUACUAAUAUGCAAGAAGGGCUAGUAACCACAGAACUACACAAAUGGACCAUAGCGAGCCUGAUUGUAACCAUGGCAAUAUUCUACUUGCUCGGGUUGACGGUAUUCACCAAUCUAUAG